GCCCCGCGCUCCAAGAUGGCGGCGCCGUGGCCGCUGCCGGUGCUGGCGCUGCUGGCGGCGGGGGCGGCGCUGGGCCGGGCCGGAGGGCUCUGCCGGGGGGGCUCCGGCACCGGCACCGGCCCCAGGGCCGGUGACACCGAGAGCUGCCGGGUGAGCCUGAGCCUGGAGCAUUCCUUCGAGCUGGACGACGCUCCGCGGUUCCGCCGCCGGGGGACGCUGUCGCUGAGUUGGGGCCCUGAGCCCACCCUGACCCUGACCCAGAAACCGCUCGGGGACGAGGAACGGGCGCGGCUCAGGGAGGUGGCAGCGCGGGACGGGCUGUACCGGGUGCGGGUCCCCCGCAGGCCCCUGGGCCCGGGCGAGGAGGGCGGCUCUGAGUUUGUCACCUCCUUCGUGAGGGCGUGUGCCCUGCUGGAGUCUCACCUGUCGGACCAGCUGUCACUGCACCUGGACGUGGCCGGGCACGUGGUGGCCCUGGGGGUGGUGGCAGCGCCGGGCACCUGCCGGGGCAGCGCCGUGCCCGACGGGCACCUGGAGCUCUUCAACACCUCGGUGGCACUGCGACAGCCCCUGCCCGCCGCCACCCCCGAGACCGCCGCCUUCAUCCGGCACCUGGAGCAGGAGCAGGCCCAGCGCGCCCGGAACCCGCAGGAGCAGAAAUCCUUCUUCGCCAAAUACUGGAUGUACAUCAUCCCCAUCGUCCUCUUCCUCAUGAUGUCCGGAGCCCCCGACGCCGGGGGGGCGCAGGGGGGGGGCACGGGGGGUGGGGGAGGGGCGGGGGUCAGGUGAGACCCCCCCCCAGAAUCACCCCCAGACCCCCUGACCCCCCACAUGAGGGAUGGGCAAUAAAGCUGUGUGAGACCCCAAA